AGUGACAGUAUCGAUAUUGUUCUGCCUCACUUGUUAAAACCUAGGUUAACUUUAUCUCUUUCGCUUCAAAUCCCUAAUUCCCAAAUCCCCCCAACGAUCCACCGCCAUGGAAUUCAAGAAACGCAAAACCGAAGAAAACGGCGACGCUAAUUCUCCACCCUCAUCCAUCGACGCCGCCGUCAUACCCCCCGCUCUCACCUCAGACGACAUCCGCAAGAUUCUCCAACCUUUCACUCAAGAACAACUACUCGACCUUCUCCAAUCCGCCUCACUCCAACACCCUGACAUCCUCGACGCCGUACGCUCUGUCGCCGACCGUGAUACCACCCGCCGUAAACUCUUCGUCCGUGGCCUCUCCGGUGAAACCACCACCGAAACACUCCGCACCGUUUUCUCUUCCUAUGGUGAUCUAGAUGAAGCGAUUGUGAUAUUCGAUAAGGCCACCGGAAGAUCUAAGGGUUACGGUUUUGUUGUGUAUCGACAUGUCGACGGCGCUGUCUUAGCCCUAAAAGAGCCGAGCAAGAAAAUCGAUGGAAGAAUGACGGUGACACAGCUUGCGGCGGCGGGUUCCACAGGCGGCGAUGUUUCAUCUCGGAAGGUUUUCGUCGGAAACGUUCCGUUUGAAGUUUCAGCGGAGAGUUUAUUAAGUGAAUUUUCGAAGUAUGGUGAAAUUGAAGAGGGUCCAUUAGGGUUUGAUAAAGCAAGUGGUAAAACAAGAGGUUUUGCUUUCUUUGUGUACAAAACUGAAGAGGGUGCGAAGAAUUCGGUUGCGGAGUCUAUGAAAACCGUUGAUGGGCAUCAAGUGAUUUGCAAGUUUGCUGUUGAUAACAAAAAGCCCAAGCCCGUGGGUCAAAACCCAUCGGGCUUUCCGGUGGAUAAUUCUAAUGUUAAUUAUCAUCCACCUAAUCCCACCAUGAUGCCGCCGCAGUAUGGUGCUCCUCCUAAUAGCUAUGUGCAGCAACCUUAUGGUAAUCAGGUUCCUGCAGCUGGUGGAUAUGGACCUGGGCCUGUUCCUCAUUAUGGUGGGCCUGUAGCUGGACCUGGCCCUGUUCCCGGACCAAGAGGGCCUCAGACUGCUGUUGGUGGAUACCCUGAUGGUUCACAAUAUGGUUACCCGCAACAACCUAUGCCGGUGCAGAGACCUCCCCCAGGAGGAAUGUACCAGCCUUAUUAUUGAGGUGUUUCGUUCAGCUUUGUGAUGGCUUCUUGGGCGCUAGUGCUUUAAAUGGUUGUGCUGAUUUCGUGCAUGCAGAGAAUGAAAUUUUUGGUCCUGGUUACAUGGACUGCUGUAAUUUGUUGCUGCUUCACUACAUCUGCUUCUAUGUGUUAUGAUCCUAUUUGCUCUAGGUGCUAGUUAAAGCUUACAUAACUUGGAGUAGUUUUUUAAUGUAGUAUUUAUGUAGAAUUUUUGUGGAAUUUUUUAUUUGGAGUUUUUUCCUUCCUAAACUAGCUUUGUUGCCAACUUCUUGAUCAAAGUGCAAGGUGCAAUACAUUGAAUUUGAAACGUGUUAUCGUUGUCUAUGCUUCUAUGUGCUUCUAUGUACUUCUAUGUACUAUUCAUGGUUAUUAUUGGUGAUACCUCAAUUUAUUUUUGAUGUUUUAUA